GCUCAGAGUGGACAAAUCAUGCUAAUUGUUUGGGGAGAGUGCGAGCGUUAGACCCAAGAUGAAGGCAGGGAGGAAGGCUCGUUCCAGGACGCUAGCCUCUCCUGCUCUACCGCACCUCUGCUGCCUCCUCUUCCUUUUCCAAUCAGGGUUUGUUAAAGGGGUGAACAUCACUACUUUUGGGACUCUGAUCCGAGGAACAGUGGGUGGGGAAGCCCUGCUCUCUGUCCGAUACUCCAGCACUAGUCUGGACCCACCGGUCAUCAAAUGGCAGCUGAAGAGAGACAAACCAGUCACUGUGGUUCAGUCCAUCGGCACAGAGAUCAUCGGUAACCUGCGACCAGAGUACCGAGACCGCAUCUUGGUGUUCGAGAAUGGCACACUCCUGCUCCAUAACCUAAAGCUCUCCGAUGAGGGAACAUAUGAGGUGGAGAUCUCCAUCACUGAUGAUACCUUCACAGGAGAAGGCAGCAUUGACCUCACUGUGGAUGAGCCAAUAUCCAGACCCUACAUAGACGUAGUCACUUCUGCUGUCCUGGAACUGACCGAGCACUUCACUCUGAACUGCUCUCAUGAUUCGGGCACCAAGACCACUUACGGCUGGACGAAAGGAGGCAAGCCACUAACAAACGACACUCGCCUGCUGCUCUCUCCUGACCAAAAGGUCCUGACUAUUAUGCGAGUUCUAAUGGUGGAUGAUGACGUCUACAACUGCCUGGUGGAGAACCCUAUUAGCAGUAUAAGGAGCCUCCCUCUCAAACUCACAGUUUAUAGAAGAAGCUCCCUUUACAUCAUCCUAUCCACAGGGGGCAUAUUCCUCCUAAUCACACUGGUAACUGUGUGUGCAUGCUGGAAACCAACAAAAAAAAAGCAGAAAAGACAGAGGACCAAAACAAAAGUCGUGAGAUCUGUCCCUCAAAGCCAUCACAUAAUACAUGAGGACAAGCCAGAAGAUGAUGUCAUCCCAAUAAUGACCGACCAUGAGCGCAGAAAUCCAGUAUCACUUUACAUCCUGAAAGAAAAGGACCCUCCUGACGAAGAACGAGCUUCAAUAUGCAAAACAUGCACCUCCAACGGCGGCGGUGGCAGCAGUGUAAGCCCCCCAAGCUACAGCAGCUCCACGGCUCCCCCUCCAUCCCGCUCUCCAGACCCUCCAUCCCGUUCUUCACGCCGCUACCCCCGCACCCCCACCAACUCUCCACCUGUACACCAUUACCACCGCAGGCAGGGCCGCAGCCGCAGCCGCAGCCCCAGCACCCCCUCCCCACCUCGUAGUCGCAGCAACGGUCGUCCCUCCCCACGACCACCUGCACCCUCGCCUCCCAGCCUCCGGCGGCCGCCCACCCCCGAAUCAGAGCGCAGCAGCAGCGGCUCGCCUAAAACCUGAACAACCUCUGAUCCCGACCACCUCCGCCGAGGCUCAUAAGGAUACAGAGCCUUCAUAUGAACUAAUGACUUGUUUACAGGACAGAUGUAAAUAUGUAAAUACACAAGACACAAAUUGAUUUUUCCUUCAGACGCAGAGCAGUAUCUUUAUUUACACGACCGGCCUAUAUCCACAUUUUUCUUAUAUGUUAUUUGCUUACCUGAGAUCCACUUAGGACGCUUGUGUGGAUUUAUUUACCAACAAGAGUCAUAAUUAAUUUGCACAUGACCCUUUUCUGACCUUUCUGUCUUCCUCAGAAUUAAAGGGGUAGUUUUUAAUACUGCACUUGUUAAACAGGUAUAUGUAAAUGCCCUCUAUCCUAAUUGGCUGCUUUGUGUUGUGUCUGGUUCAAAAAGUAGUACAGGCUGAAACAGAUUCAACGUCAAUGAGACAAAGCUGAAGUGCUGUAGGCUAAUUAGACAGGUAUGCAUAAAAUCGUUGAUUUUUGUGACAUCACAAAAGCAGCUCAUUCAAAACAGGCCAUCUUUACCAUGGAGGGCCCAUGUGUGGAUCAUAUGGAUGUUAUUAAAUUACGUAGGUCAUUGUAGCACAAGAAAGUGAAGGACAAUUGCUUUUCCAUGAUAUGGACCCAUUCAUGUUUUCCACAUAUUGAAAUAUUGAGAGUUGUACAAACUGUUCCUCAUUAGUUCAUUUAUUCAAGACCAUAGUGACAUAAAUGAGCUGGCAGCAAGUUCGGUACUUUACAGAUGUAGAUAGGUAGAUACACAAAAUAAAAAUAGGGUUUUCAUUCAGAUGCACAACAGCGUCUUUAAAGGGUCCAUGUCCUACGUUUUUCUUAGAUGUAUUUUUUUUAACCUGAGAUCCAGUGAGGACAUUCAUGUGGGUUUAUACAUGAACAAGAGUCAUAAUUCAUUUGCAUGACUGUUCAAAUUGAACAGGCUGUUUUUGUUACUGUGCCUUUAAAGCUUGUGUAUGUAAAUGACCUCUGUUCUGAUUGGGAGCCUUGUAUUGUGCCUUGUUUAAAAAGUACACUGGGCUGAAACGCUCCUUCUAACAUCAACACGAAUGGAUGGAGCGAAACUGCUGCAAGUUGAACCAAUGGGUAGAUGUAAAUGUAAAUGUAGUGAUUUUUGUGGCAUCACAAAAACAGUGAAUCUAAACCAAGCCGUUUUUGCAGUGCAGUGUCUGUAUGAGGUCUGUAUGGAUGUAUGGGACAAAAAGUGAAGGAAAUGUAGUAAUUGGUUAUCCCGCAUAUGGGCCCUUUCAUUUGUUGAGUAGCUCGUUUAUUUAAGACUACGAUGACAAAAAUGAGCUAGCAACAAGUUCAGUACUCAUUUACAGGACAGAUGUAAAUAUGGAAAUACAAAAAAUACUUGAGUCGCACAUCAAUGUCUUUAUUUCUUUUCAUUUUUUUCACACAUAUUGAAAUAAUAGGCUCUAUAAAGAAUUGCUGCAAUAUAAUGAACUGUAGGCUGUGAGAAAUACUUCUUUUGUUUUAGUGCACUUUGCCAAUGGCAAGUUGAGUUUAUGGGACAGAUGUAAAUUUGUAAAUACACCAUGUAUGUGUUAGAACAGCUGCCAAUUAGCUCAUUUAUUUAUGAUCAUUCGGUGACAUACAUUAGUUUAUUCCAAGGUCUGUACUUGUUUAUGGGAUAAGUAAUGUGAUGUAAAUAUGUAAAUAUACAAAAAACUUUUGAAGCUUUGUCCUUUGCAUGCCAGUUUCUUUAUUUUCUUUCUUACUUGUUCACAUAUUGAAAGAAGAGAAUAAGGAACUGUAUAGAAAAAAACUAAACUUCUGUUUAUGUUUAAUGUACCUUUUAUUUUAGGUUAUUCUUAUUGUCACUAUUAUAUCAAAACCUUGUAACUCCCUGUUUUGUUACUUUAAACGCAGGUCUUUAUACUGUGUGCACAUUUCAUUAUGAAUGGACCAAUAGAAAUGAUGAAAAAAUGCUUGGAAAUCUUGUUACAUUAUUAGUUUUUAUAAGAAUGUGUUUUCCUUUUCCUAUAAAGUACACAGUGUUUAUCUAA